CCGCCGUCGCUCAUGAAGUGCGCACAUUAUGGACUGGCCGAUAGUGAAAAAGUGGCCACCAGUACCUCAAGACAAAUGCUACGGUUCCUGUGAAGUGCACAAGGAUCGACCGGCGCCCAAACCGCCCGAUUCAGACGGAGCUGCGCAAACGGAGCCCUUUCUAAGUCAGAGUCUGAGGCCCGAUUCAGUUGGACCUGCGCAGGCGCAGCCUUAUCCAGAUCAGAGUUUAAUAAGUCACAGUUUACCCUAUCCGAUUUAUUCGCAAUCUGCAAUGGAGCCAACGCUACCCCCAGAUGUUCCAACCCUCAAAGGGGAAUCGCCGAGAGACUUGCGGAACAAAGCUGAAAAACAGCGUCGAGACAAGAUGAAUAAAGCUAUUAAGGAACUAAGCAAAAUCGUACCACCUGUCCAGGCUAUGACACGGAAAGUUGACAAGACAAGCGUUCUCAGACUCACGGCGCACUACUUGAGAUCACAUCAACAUGUGUUUGGCGACUCUUUACACACACCGAAUCAGUUUGGAGCAUCAUCAGUGGAGGCUUUGAUGUCUAUACUAAAUGGAUUUAUUUUAACUACAACGUAUAAGGGGUUAGUGGUGGUUAUUUCUCCAAAUGUCGAACAAUAUCUUGGAUACACUGAGUUGGAUCUAAUUGGUCAUAAUAUUAUAAAUAUCAUUCAUGAAGAGGAUCAACAGAAGAUGUUAGGCCAGUUGCUUCCAAAGAGUUUCCUCUUAGGGCCCAAUGACGAAAUACUUUUCCCUGAAGAUCCAGAGUCCAAAGAAAGAGUCACAGAGGCACUAAGAAAUGAAAGGAGAUAUUUCAACAUCAGGUUCAAAAAAAAUGGUCAACGAAGUGAAAAGCACAAAUACCUCAGCUGUAACAUUGAAGGUUCCUUCAGGAAAUCAGACAGAGCUGAUAUAAGUAACAAUCGACAUACUCAAAUGGUACGACGUCUUCGAGCAAGGGGUCGGAACUGGUGCUCAAGCGGAAACGACGUGGUGUUUAUUGGCGUUGUGAGACCUUAUAUUGAGACGUUUGUCACUGAGAGUAAACUCAAUUCAUGCCUCAUGGAGUAUCGCACGCGACAUUCUAUCGACGGUGAAAUCAUAAACUGUGACUCAAGAAUCUCCGUGGCUACAGGCUACAUGGCAAGCGAAGUUAGGGGUGUUAAUGCAAUGAACUUCAUGCAUCGGGACGACGUCCGAUGGGUCAUAGUAGCGUUGAGAGAAAUGUACGACCACCAUCGUUUGUCGGGAGAAUCCUGUUACCGUUUGAUGACAAAAUGUGGGAGCUUCGUGUAUAUGCGUACUCAAGGAUUUUUGGAGGUCGAUAAAGAUACAGGAUCGGUAACUAGUUUUGUUUGCAUCAACAAAGUUGUAGAUAGAGAAGAAGGCAAACUACUCAACAUGGCAAUGAAAAAGAAAUUCAUGAUGUUAGUGAACAACACUGAUGAAACACCACCAGAGGAUAAUGAUGAUGAAGAGGUUAACGACAGGCAAGGUUUACGAGUCGAAGAUCCACAACAGUUGCAGAAAGUUAUCCUUCACUUGGUAACCAAUUUACCAUCUCCCUGUCGUACUACUCCAUCGAAUUCGCCAUCCGAAGAAGAGCGAUCACCCUAUCGGCUAUCUAUAAUUCCUCCUAAAAAAGAGAGGAUAGUUAACGCUAUAGAUAAAAUAUACAACGUAAUACAUUGUUUUAAAUAUAUUCCUAGCUCUUUAAGAUAUACGAAAGAAAAUUUACCCAACAGUUUACAGCGCGAAGAAAACGAAUCCGACACUAUGGCGUCUAAUCCUGAUAAACCCGAUAAACCUGAUAAACCUGGUAAAGCUAAAAAGUCCAAGAAAUCCAAAAAAUCCAACCCAGACAGACAUCCAACAGAUCCCGAUUCAUCAACAACAAAUAUUAGCCAACCUGAAACAGAUACUAACACCCAGCCCGUUAAUAUAGACCCAUUUAUUUUUUCCCCUGAUAUAUAUCCUGGAACGUCAACGGAAAUAACGCCUCAAGCCGGACCAUCAGGCUUACAGAGACCGAUCGACCCCUUUGUACUACGACGACUUUACAUGACUGAACUGGAAUACAAUGCUGAGGAUCAUAACCAAGUUGCGAGUACUAUUGAAGAUAGUACCAAAACUUACGCGGUUAUGAUCCCAGCGAUUGUAUCCGGUAAGUUUGGUGAGCGUCGUAGUACUACUUCUUUUGAUUCUAAUCGUUAUAUACAACCCUUAUGUCCAACGCCAGAUGUCGAUGUACGUCAACCGGAGCCAACCACCAAUCCGGUUCAAUAUCGCUCAUUCCAGGAGCCUUCGUCGAGUAAUAUGAGGCAGUUAGAAAAUCCAGCCCCAGACCAUCGGGAGAGUCAUGCGCAAGCGUCAGGGUCGUUUCUUCCUUAUCAAGUGCCCGGAUACGGCAUCAAUUAUCCAUGUGGUUCAAGUGCUUAUCAUCCACAUAGUGGUGCCUUUUACCCUGAUCUAAUACCUAUUUAUCAACCACCAUGGCACUAUGGUACUUAUGGAUCAAGGUAUAUUAGCGAGAAUUUGCCAUCACAAGCAAUUCAAACGGUUCAGCCUGGUCCUUCGAGACCACCACCUAUACCGUAUUAUCCUAUACCAUAUCCAUAUGAUCCCUCAAGGCAAUACGGUUACCCAACAUAUGUGCCGGAAUAUUGCAACAUAUAUCAGCAAUAUCAACCCCAAGCUGAAGUUAAAAGGCAUUACCAUACCACUGAAACUGAAGUAGUUCCAAGUAAACGUCAACACGUCGACAGAACCGCAACUAGUACACAAUCAAUGUACUUACAAGAAAGCAGACAGGAAUCCAUGACCACGACCCAAGAGGACCUACUUUCAUUUCUUGAAGAUUUUACUUUACCUGUUCACCAGUCACAAGUCGAAGAGAGUGAUGUUUUAGAUGACUUCGUUAAUAGGAAUUUGCACCUUAAUAUGCCUCAUGACCGUGCAUGGGAAGAACAAGAACUAGGACUAAUUUUGGCAUUAUUGGAGGAAAAUUCUCCUGAAGUACCAAUAGAUCCGGAAUUUGAUUUGCCAGAGGUAGAUAUCGUCCACGAAAUAAGUUCUACAAUGCCUUUGACUUCACAUGAGGGUGCAGGAUCAAGUGAUGCACAAGCUGGUCUCCAAUAUGAAACCGAAGAACCAAAUCUCGACUUCUUAAUGAACCUUACAGAUGUAGAAGAAACUGUCCAUUAUUUGUCGAGAAAAGUAGAAAUAAUUAAAGCGAUAGAAACAUUAAAAAAGUAGAAACAGUUAUGUACUUUACAUAAGUGUAUUCAAGUAAAUGUUCUUUGGCUUUAAUAAAUUCAACUUCUUGUAUUCCAAAGGACAAUUUUGAAACUGAUUUUUUUCUAAAUU